AUGGAGGCAGAGGUACAAGAUGAUUCUGGGUCACGACGCAGGUCAUCAUCGGAGCCGCCUCCAACGCUCACGUGCUUCAGCGAGUUUGUUACGGGCGAGGAGACUCCGCUGGGAGAAGGCCAAAGCAAUUCCGUUGAAGAACUUGUAAAGAAGGACAUGGAAGACACCUCCAUGCAAAAGAGCAUGGCCUGGCAACAGGUUGGAUGGAAUGCCGAGCAACAGGUGAUAGGUCCAGGUGGACCAUCCUUGCCACAAGAUCCAUUCAGUUCCAUCGAUUCAGCUGCGCUGCCUGAAGUUUUGCCACAUUCUGCUGUCGAGGCUGUCGCGGAUCCGCCACAUGCUACAGAUACGGUGAUGCAGACCCUUCACGCUCAAGGCCGAUGCGCCCCAUGCCUUUUCUACACGCGGAAGAAGGAUGGUUGCCGCAAAGGUGAUGACUGUGAGCAUUGCCACAUUUGCAGCAAACAGGAGGCCAAACGUCGUCGAAACAAAAAUCAAUGUGAAGCUCGAAAGCUGAAAAAAGCUCAAAGGUUGGAGGAGGCGGAUGAGAUGGAUGAGUAG